AUGUAUGUGACAAGGCCUCUUUCAUUGUACAGAAAGUCUCCUGAUGCGCUUUCCUUGCCUCCGCCAGAGGGUCCGAGGUUUGGUAUUUUGGUCAUCCAAGAUGAAGAAGCUGAACCCACUUCAUGUUUCGGAUUGUUUAGGAGUAAUGACAUCAAGGACCUUCCAUUUCCCCAGAACAAGAGCCUAGAGCAUCGAUACAUAACAGGCAUCGGGGUCGCGUUUAACACAGUUCAUCAUUUUCAGAAUGUUAUCUUCAUUCCAGUCCUUAAUCAGCCACUGUCUUCCAACCUCUACUAUGCAAUACAACCACACGGGAAGGAUAUAGGGGAGGCAUUCACAAAUUCAAAGGAGGAUCAUAUGGACGUCUGCUGUUUUAGUAGCAACACUUAUGAUUUACCAACACAACGUUUGGAUCCCAAUAAUGUAAAUCAGCAAUUUGAAAUGUGUCGUCAAGGAGGGACCAUGAAUAAUUGGGGUGGUUUUGUUGCCAAAUCCAUAGCUCUAGAUGGAAUUCCUCCAUAUUUUUUGGGGAAAAAAGGGUGGAAAGUAUGUGCCUCAACAUCCCCUGAUUUCGAGUUAGGUGAAGCACAAGGCCUAGACACUGCCCUCAGUGUGCGCCUACCAGAAUUCAACUUACCAUUAUCCAAUAUGAGCUCACAACCUGUGGUUGUGGGAAAAUGGUAUUGUCCCUUCAUGUUUAUUAACGAAGGAAUAAAGACAUUGAAGGAUAAAAUGGGAAAAUCAAUAUAUUAUGAGAUGACACUUGAGCAAAAAUGGGAACAAAUAUUUUCAUGUGAGAAUGAUUAUAGUUAUGGCAACACUGUGGUUGUGGAUGUUGUUGUUCAAGUAGAAGUGGUUACAGUUUCUGGAAGAGAAGCUCAAAUUGAUGAUAGAAAUGUGGUAGACGGGUUGGUGUGGUUUAGGAGUUCUAGUAAUGUGGGACAACAAAGCAGUGUGGCUUUGAGUCUAGCAAUAGUUGAGAGAAUGGAGUGGGAGCAGGAAAGGGCUGGGUGGGUUGGGGGGAAUGAAAGGCAUGUGAUUGUGAAAAGAGUAGAGGAGUUUGGGGGGAUAGGACUUGACGAUAUGUGGUCCCGUUUUACACUUUCAGAGGAGGAGGCACAGGGUGCAGAUGUGCCCCGUAAUAGUGAGGUGAGUAUCCAUCGUCUUGCUAUGGAUCUAGAGAAGGUUCUAGAAUUUGAGUCUUGGUCCUACGAUAAGAGUUUGGUGGUCUUUCAAAAGGCUGUUGAUGUUGAGUCGGUUCCUAACCUAGCCUAUUCCACGGCUUCCUUUUGGGUGCAACUACAUAAUGUCUCCAAAAAGAGCUUAACCCAUGAAACGAGUGAGGUGAUCGGUAAUAUUAUCGGCUCUACUAUCAUGGUGGCGGAUCUUGAGGAUGAUGGUGUGGGUGGGGAGUUCCUUGGAGCUCGGGUGACUAUGGAUAUCUCGAAACCUCUCCCUUAA